AUGCCUCGCGACAUGACCGGCACGGGCCGGUACCCGCCGACGCCAAAGUUCGAGCCGUUCUCCUUCUACACCUGCUUCCGCCUCGGCGACCCCGAGCAGCUGGCGCUCAUCAUGGAGACGGAUCCGUACUACUGGACGCAAGACAACGGCGCCGGCGGUCCCGUGCACUUUAGGCGCGUUCUAUUCUACACACUGGUCCCCAUGCGACCACGUUCCACGACGUACAAGCAGAUCGACAUGCUGCACCACGUGCUUCGGAACUGCCCGGAGGCGGUGAACCAGAGGGACCCAAGGGGUUUCACGCCGCUGCACCGCGCGGCGUACCUCGCGCAGUACGACGGGUACAUGGAGCUGUACGAGUAUCUGCUCACCGAGGGCGCGGACCCGACGAUUCGCACGAACGAUUACGAUCCGUACUUGAACCCGGGACUGAAGACGUCGAUCCAGGUCGCGAUCGACGACGAGGAGAUCCGAGGGAAGCUGAUCGCGCUGCACGAGAAGUACGCGCACGUCCCGAAGCGCCCGGAGCCGCACAAGGAUCUGAGCGACUGGUGGGCGUGCUACGACUACGGGUUCGAUACGGUCCGGAAGUGGCCCAAAGAUUUUCAGGCGCGAUUUCCUCACACUGUCGAACGGCAGAUCGCGGAGAAGCGCGAGUUCAAGAAGAAGCGCGCGGAAGCGAGGGCGAAGUACAUCGCGGACUACAAGGAGAAGGAAGAGGCCGCGUUCAACGAGACCGUCGCCGCGCUGUCGAUAGACGCGGCGGCGGGUUCGGCGGCGGCCGCCGCCGGUUCGAAGCCCGCCGCCGUCGCCGCCGGCGCCGCGCCCGCGCCGAUCGCGUUCCUCUUCCCCGGCCAGGGCUCCCAAGCCGUGGGCAUGCUCAAGUCCCUCGCGGACGACACGAGCGUGAAGAAGAUGUUCGACACCGCGAAGGGCGUCCUCGGGUACGACCUCCUCGACGUCUGCGUCAACGGCCCGAAAGAGAAGCUCGACGACACGGUUUACUCGCAGCCCGCUUUAUUCGUCGCCGGCCUCGCCGCGGUGGAAAAACUGAAGAAGGACGACCCGUCCGUCGUCGCGAAGUGCGCCGCGUGCGCGGGGUUGUCGCUCGGCGAGUACACCGCGCUCGUGUUCAGCGGCGCGCUGUCGUUCGAGGACGGGUUGAAGGUUGUGAAGGUGCGCGCGGAGAGCAUGGCCGCCGCGGCGAAGGUCGGCGACCACGGCAUGCUCAGCGUCGUCGGCCUCGCGGACGACGUGCUUCACGCCGUCGUCGCCGACGCCAAGAAAGCCGUCGGCGGCGAGUGCGUCUGCGACGUCGCCAACUACCUGUUCCCGCAAGGCCGCGUCGUGAGCGGGGACAAGAACGUCCUGGAGGAAGUCACGACGCUCGCCACCGCCAAGGGCGCGAUGAAGUGCUCCCCCGUCGCCGUCAGCGGCGCGUUUCACACGUCGAGGAUGCAGAGCGCGAAGGACGCGCUCGUGGACGUCCUGAAGACGGUGACGUUUCACACGCCGACGGUGCCCAUCUACAGCAACGUCACGGGGAAGAUCGUGGACGACGCCGCGGCGAUCCCGGAGCUGCUCGCGCGGCAGCUCGUGAGCCCGGUGAUGUGGGAGUCGACGGUGAAGAACCUUCUGGAGGAUAACAAGGACGAGCUGUACGAGCUCGGACCGAACACGCAGAUCAAGUCGAUGACGCGGCGGAUCUCGCCGGAGGCGUGGAAGAAGUUUAAGAACGUGGACGUCACGAAGUGA